AUGUCAAACCGCAGCGAAGACGAGUGGAGUUUGGUGAGCGAUGACGAGGUCUUGUCGGAAUCGAGCUAUGAUGAAGUGGAUCCCGAACCUGAAGCCUUCGAGGAGAUUGAAGCUGAGACGUGCUAUCUCUUCUCGCUGACACCAAGCGUUCAACCGCGGGUUACUCUCGAGAGAUCCGCGUCCUUCCCCGACCGCCUUCGAGCUCUCACCGCUGCCAUGCGCCCGCUACCAGAAGAUGUGCAGCCACCAACAUACACUGAAGUGACAGCGUUCAAGCAAGAUCAGUCCACGCAAGUCAACCUGGACGCCACCGCUCCGGAAUCGCGCGGCGAACCUCGAGAAGCCCUACUUCGAUCCGCCCUUGACCGGUCCAUGAUGAUGGCAAACCAACUUCGCAGCAAGUCUCAAGACAAGGAGCGGCUUUCGUUUCGAAUUGCGGAGUUGGAGAGUCAAGCGAAACUCACAGCCGAGUACCACGAUAGCCUGAAGGCGAUCGCUGACGACCUACGCCACAAGAAUGCCCAGCUGGAGGCUAGGCAAUCUGCUCUUCGAGGUAAGGAUGAAGCUCUGGCCUUGCGCAGCUUGGAUGACCUUGAAGAGCUGGAAGCCGAACUGGCGCGCGGAAUGGACCGUGUCCGUGCUGCGCUCCGAGCGAAGUACCGAGCCGCAAUGGACAAGCAGCGCGAAAAGGAGCAGUGCGUCGUGUGCUUCGCUAAGCCGGUCUCGGUGGUUCUACUUCCAUGUCGUCAUCAGGUACUCUGCGCAUCGUGUGCGCUGCGAGUGACGACUUGCCCAAUCGAUCGCCAAGACAUCAAAGAUAAGGUGCUCACCUACGGGCUCAGUGCCUACAACGACGACAAAAACUAG